AUGGAGCUUUAUCGCAUUAUCCUUCUGUUGAUCUUCUGUAUCAUAUUCUUUAUCUUGUCAUGUUCUGCUGCAGUUGAUAGAGUAUACAUAAAUCAACCAAUCAAAGAUGGCAACACCAUUGUUUCAGAUGGUGAGACGUAUGAACUGGGGUUUUUUAGCCCAGGAAAGUCGAAGAAUCGAUAUUUGGGGAUAUGGUACAAAAACAUAUCACCUUGUACAGUUGUCUGGGUUGCUAACAGGCAGACACCAAUAAAGGAUGCAUCUGGGAUGUUUCAAGUCACUACAGAAGGAGUCCUGCUGAUUCACAGUGGUGGCGAUAGUAAUACUGUCAUCUGGUCAUCCAAUUUCACCGUAUCUGCAAUGAAUGUUAAUCCAGUGGCAAAGCUUCUGGACAGUGGAAAUCUUGUGGUGUGGGAUAACUAUAGAAACAAAGGAAAAACUGAUCUGGCAAAGUUUUGA